AUGGGAAAGGCACUAAAAAAAGAUCUGGUAGCGGCGAAGAGGUUUGUGGGGAAUACUGCUUAUGUUAAUUGGGUUCAUAUGGACGAGCGGUAUGCCCAGGCACGGUUUGGUAGUAAGUAUGAUAAGAUCUGGAUGCAUGCGAUCGUGAUGCAGAUAGAUCGUGUUCCAUCGAUGACAGGUACGACUAACAUAUACAAGAUAACUGUGAAGGUUGAAGGGUUUGUUAGUCCUGCUGGGGAGCGGUAUUUGAGACUGAAAAGGUUCAGUCCGCAGCUAUUGAAGCUGGUAUCACCUGCCGAUAAUAAUGAUAGUGAACACGAACUAAGUGUGAUAUCUGGUGUACCACAUGAUUUCCUGAUAAGAGAGCAGCAAAGAGCGGAGAGAGCGGCGACGGACCCAGCUAUAUAUCCAUCUUUGGUAUAA